UGCAGCUCCUCAGCUCACAUUGUGGACCACAACUUUCACGACUGCACCUCCCAUGACAGCCUAGGAAAACAACCCUGACGAAGACAAACAAACAGGGAGGCAGAAGGAAAACAACGGACUCGUACUGAGCGAAAGUGUUGGAGGAAUUUAUUGUGGCGCACCGUGCGUAAAAGGCGCACUGGCCACUUGGUUGCGCGCUUGAAUUCAGUGGCAAAAUUUGAAUUCUGUCUUUAGAAUUAAUUAUUCGGAUUUUUUAAAUCAAAAAAGGGCUGAAUAAAUAAUGUUGAAAAUGACAGAAGAGCAUGAAAAGUGCGUCAGCGACCAGCCGUGCAGUCCAUCGGGCUCAAACAGCUCAAUGUCCCAGGACGAGUCCGACUCCGAUGCUCCGUCCUCACCGACGGGCUCAGACGGGCAAGGAUCUCUGCUCACUGGAUUGGGCAAGAAGCUGGACUCCGAGGACGAUGAUCGGUUCCCGGCUUGCAUACGGGACGCCGUCUCUCAGGUCCUCAAAGGAUAUGACUGGUCCUUGGUGCCGAUGCCCGUGAGAGGGAACGGAUCUCUGAAGAAUAAACCGCACGUCAAAAGACCCAUGAACGCGUUUAUGGUUUGGGCGCAAGCGGCCCGCAGAAAGCUGGCGGAUCAGUACCCACACCUGCACAACGCCGAACUGAGCAAGACUCUGGGGAAACUGUGGCGUUUGCUCUCAGAAAGUGAGAAGAGGCCGUUUGUGGAAGAAGCAGAGAGGCUUCGGGUUCAGCACAAAAAAGACCAUCCAGACUACAAGUACCAGCCCCGGCGACGGAAGAAUGUGAAACCAGGCCAGAGCGACUCAGACUCAGGGGCAGAACUGGCACAUCACAUGUACAAAGCUGAACCCGGGAUGGGAGGACUGGCAGGGAUGACCGACGGACACCACCACCCUGAACAUGCAGGGCAGCCUCAUGGUCCCCCUACACCACCCACUACUCCCAAAACAGACCUGCACCACGGGGUGAAGCAGGAUCUGAAACAUGAAGGCCGCCGUCUGGUUGACAGCAGCAGGCAAAACAUCGACUUCAGCAAUGUCGACAUCUCUGAGCUCAGCACUGAUGUCAUCAGCAACAUGGAGACCUUUGACGUGCACGAGUUUGACCAGUACCUCCCGCUUAACGGCCACGCCUCAAGCUCCUCCGCCCUGCCUUCAGACCACAGCCAUGGGGGUCCGGCGCCUGGUGGCUCUUACGCUUCCUCAUACAGCCAUGCAGGCGCCAACGGGUCAGUGUGGAGCCGCAAGAGCGCCAUCUCCUCUUCUCCGGCCGCUGGAGAUGUUGGCCAGCACCGACUCCACAUCAAAACGGAGCAACUGAGCCCGAGUCACUACAGUGAGCACUCCCACAGGUCCCCUCCUCACUCCGAUUAUGGCUCCUACGGCAGUCAGGCCUGUGUUACCUCGGCCACGUCAGCCUCCUCCUCUUUCUCCAGCUCACAGUGUGACUAUACUGAUAUCCAGAGCUCCAACUACUACAACCCGUACUCAGGCUACCCUUCUAGCCUCUACCAGUACCCCUACUUCCACUCAUCCAGGCGGCCCUACGGCAGCCCCAUCCUCAACAGUCUGUCCAUGGCUCCUGCCCACAGCCCCACCACCUCCAGCUGGGACCAGCCCGUCUACACCACUCUGUCUCGACCAUGAGAGGACAAAAAAUAAAUAAAUUGUCAACUCGCACCAGAGACUCAUUCAGAUUGAUGCACUACUAAUGAAGGAAGUAAGGAGCAGGUGGAGAAGAGUGUGUGAGACCAUUUGAACGUGAAAAAAAAAAGAAAAAGUGCCUGCUGAUUUUAUACAAAGUUAUAUCUUUGCGAUAUAAAACACACACACUUGUCAGACAUUAUACACAAAGACAAAGUGUGUUGUUGUUGGUGAGCCAAACUCCUCCAUGAGGAAAUGUCACCUACGCCUACAUUCUGUACAUCCCCCGUUUUUUCCCGUUAAAGCGUGCGCGUGUGUGCGCACACUUGAGGUAAAAGCAAAUGGCCUGCCACUGCGUCAUUGUGUAGGAGAGAAACACUUUGGCUCAAUUCUGUCGCCAAGCAGAUGGAGAAGCAGAUACAUCAGAGAAUGUACACGGACCAAUUGUGUGAAUUUGCAGUAAAAUUUACAUUAAUGGCCGGAGCUGUAUCGCAGCACAUUUGGACAUUUGCAUCAGUGGAUCAGUCUUAACUAAAUGGCUCAUAUGAAUCUUAGUGACAUUUUGGCAUAAAAGUCUUAUAUAUAUUUAUGUUCUUGCAUUAUUGGUUCCUUUUAUUUGUUCUUGAGUAGAUAAACACAUGUAAUGUGGGUUUGCUUAUUUACAGUACUGUUUGGCUUUUAAUGAAUAGCAGGUAAUUGAAGUGAAGGACAGUACGAGUUCAACGAUUCUGAUAUCAUUCCGUCUAAGACAAACUUCCAGAAACAUCUCCAUUCCAAGCAAACUGAGCCGGACCAACAGACUCGCACAGGACAGAACAGGUGUCGGGAGGCUACGCUUGGCUAAUUGCGAUUAGUCAUGAUCUGGGGUUAAAGGAAAUGGGGUAAAAUAACACCGCACACUCUGAGUGACAUGUCAGCUGGACCUCCUGUAUACGUGGAUGGACAACACAUGGAUAUGUGUGUACAUGCACACAUGAGUUUGUGUGGGAGACAAAGUGCUUCUGUAUGUGUGAGCCAUUUCCUUUAAAAGAGAUAAUAAUGAAAAUACACACCAUAUGGUACUUAAAACCACGUUUUCUGAUCUUCAUCCAUUACAUAAAGAGGAGUGUGUGCGUUUUAAUGAGGAGAUGUAGUGUGUGUGAACAUUCGCCCAUUUUUUAUCACAUCGACCAUCAAGUGCCAACUCACUGCCGCAGUCUCGCGCAAAAAAACGGCUUUGUGCCUUCUAAUGCUUUCAGUCAGUAUUUCAAAUGUGAAAUUGAACUAUUAACAAACUCCAGGCAGCACACAAUCCACACCAGAAACUACACUUAACCCGAUUCUUUAUCCUUAAUUUGAUAUCAUUCCUGACAGCUUUGGUUUGUAAAUGUUCUGUGAGACGCUGUGUGAGAAUCGUGUGGAGCACCACACGCCAAGUCUUUUGUCCACAGAACUGUGUUUUGUAUAUUAUUUUGGUGUAUCAUUUUGAGGAAGGCUGUGAAAAUUAUUGUUGUUCUCUUAACUAGAGUUUCAUUCACACAUGCACAGCUAACCCAUUCGCUGGCCUUUUUUUUUUUUUUUUUAAAUAAAUAAAUGAGAUACUUUUUCUUGA